AUGGAUGGUUCGACCAAUGGGCCAAUCUCACAGUCCGAGCAGGAGGUGAGCCACUGGCUCGUGGCAGUCGCCAUCGCGUUCUCGGUUUUCAUUAUUGUGCUGGCGGCCGCGCUCGUACUCCAGUUCUACUACCCGGGGAUCGUGCCGCGCUUCGGUCGCAGCAGGCGACUUCCACGCAGAGCCGAGGGCAACCUCAGCGGCGAGGCCACCACGGGGUCAGUGCCGCGUGCCUUGCUGAGGCCCUGCGGUACGGCAGGGUGCGACCGCUACGCGCGGCUCUUCAUCAGUCAGCUAAACCGGAGCGUGGACCCGUGCCAGGACCUGCGUGCCUUCUCUUGCGUCGCGCGACCGCGCUGGCGACACUCGCUCAGAGACGAAGUGGUUGAGAACGCGUCGCGCGCUGCCAUGGUCAAUGCCGUGGCGUCCGGCAGCAGCGGCUCAGCGGUGGCCAAGACAAGCACGUUCUAUAGGACGUGUGUGGCGAGCAAAACGCCUCUGGACCUGCAGUCCUUGCGGGCGUUUUUGGCGACCGCGGCCGCUGACACCGUGUCGACGAUGCCUGAUAGCUCCAAAGCCUUUCAGGUUAUGUCGAAGAUGGCGGCACGUUAUGGAAACGGCAUUCUCUUUCGCCUGGGCACAGGAUUCGUGCCGGAGAAUGACUCCAGGAUAGAAAGGCCGGCACUUGUAAUGGGCCUGAACUCCGACUUCAAGCGCUGGAUGCAGAAAGCCAAGAGAAGCACCGAGGUCGAUGCACACCAGAAGAUUGUUGACCUAGUCCUUAGCCUGAGCAUGUCACGAGACGACUUUGGUUGGCGCAACGUGUCGGACGACGUGAUGGCAGCGCUGAGGAUUGUCAAGGAAAUCUGGAAAAGUCACAACGUGUCCAGGAGCCAAUGGUCUCUUACGAACGUGUCUCAGAUGGGUGUGGCACUUAUGAACAUCAAGCCAGCCGUGCUGCUUGCACAACUGUGGCAGUGGGGUGCCUCCUAUGCCAAAGAACAUCCCGUCGUGCUCGAGCAAAGUAGCAUCUUGUCCUUCCUGGACGCCGUGCUAGAACGCGUGAAUGAGCGACACAUGGUGCAAUACCUCUUCUGGGAGACAGCGCGCCAGCUGUCCACCUUCUUUCUGCAGACCAAUCUCCCGCACCUGGAUCACGUGUGCUACAUCAAGACCGUUGAACUGUUCGGACCAGCUGCUGUGCUGGCACCCGUGAUCUGGCACCAAGUGAGUGCUGAAGCCGUGGUGAGCGCCGAGACCACGUUCGCCAGUGUGCUCAAGGCGUCCGAAGACGCGAUCUACGAGGCAGGUGCGCGCAGCAUGGCAGAGGCGAACCGCAUGAGAGCUCUCGGAAGGCGUGUCAGCCAGGUUCGCCUCGUGGUAUCGUACCCGGAGGACGUGCGCGACUUGCUGGCGUUAAACGAGAAGCUGGCGCACGUUCCAGGCAUGUCGGAGGUCUUCUUUACCAACUUGUUGGCCGCUCAGGAGUCCUCGUGGAACCGCAAGAAGAAGAACCCGUCUUUGCCGAUUCCACUGCGGCCGAGGCCCCACUACGACGGGCAGCGCAACGAGAUCACGCUUCCCAUAGACUUCCUGAUUCCGCCGUGGUUCUCGCCGGUCGCUCCGCCUUCUGCACGCUUGGCCACGAUUGGCCUGUCGCUGUCUCUGGUCCUGUGGCGUGCCAUAGUGACGCAGAGAGUGUACGACGUGGGCGAGUCCUCGCGACAUUUGCUGUCUCGACGGCACGGCUCCAACCACACGUGUUUGCCAGGCAGUGCUAUUCGCGGCACAGACGACGCUUUCCGUAGGCUUGCCGUCAUGGCGGUGGUCAGGGCGCUGAAGCAGGUAGACAACAGCAGCAGCGAUGGCAGCGCCGGGAUUUCGGGCCACUCAGCGGAAUCCGCGUGGGACGACCUCGAGCUGUUGCUGGUGUCCUGCUGUCUUUCGAUGUGCGGGCCUCACAACAGCGACGUUUGCACAGCCGUGAUGGAGACACCACAGUUUGGAAGUGUUUUCCGUUGCACACGAAAAAGCGAUGUUGAUCGCGUAAAUUGUUCUGAGCAUUGACCUCUGCGUUUUAGGUUACCAGAAAGAUUUUCUG